AGGCCCACCACUCAAUCACUCUCCUUUAGGACCAUCUCGCCUAAUCAUACACACUCACCACCUCUUCUUUUCGCAUCGCCUAUCUCUUUUGUUUACCUUACGUGUGUGUUGUUUCUUGUUUUGUCCACUCAAGCUAGUCUUUAGUUUCUACGACAUCCAAACAACACCGCCAUAAUGCAGUACUCCUUCGUUCAACUCUUUGUCCUUUCUUACCUGACUGCUCUCGGCCUCGCCCUGCCAGCUGCUAGCCCGGCGCAAGGCAACUCGUUGGGCAGCCACCGGUUCCUCGCGCGAGGUGUCAGACGUCUGGAUACUCGGGCUCCUCAGCAGGAUCAACAAGCCGGUGCCAGCCAAGGCGCAAACAACACCGCCAACGCUGGCGGCGCCGGACGCAAUGGCGUCAGCGAUGCUCAGGUCAUGAACGCCGUCAUGUCCUGGAUGCAGGAUACCGCAAAGGUCACCAAGUUCCUCAACACCGCCACAUCCUUCACCGGCGCCGAGUUCACUAAGCAAGCCACUAUUGCGCUCAACGCCGAGAUCGACGAGCUUAACCACAAGAUGGUUCUCGACGCCGCCUUCCAGGGAACGGACAUGGUCACGCAAGCCAACAACGUGCUCGACACCCAGGGUAACUUCCAGCAGGUCGUCGAUACCCUGCAGAGCAUGGUCACCAACGGUCCCGACACCGCGCAAAGGGACGUCAACUCCAUCAACCAGAACCGUUGUGUCAAUGUCCUUCCCAACAUCGACAUGUACUUUGCUGCCGCUGGCGCCGCCAACAUUCAGUCCGUUCGUCCCACGGGAUGUUUGGAGGUUGAGGGUGCCAACGUCACUCCCGCUGUUCCGCCGCCAGCGGGCGGUGCUCCCGCUGCACCUGCUGCGACUACGCCGCCGAAGGCUGGCAAUGGAAAUGGAAAUACCAACGGAAAUGCGAAUGGCAAUGGUCAGAACAACAACCAGAACCAGGGCAACAACGGCCAGAAUCAGAAUCAAGGAAAUGGCAACCAGAACCAGAAUCAAGGAAACGGCAACCAGAACCAAGGAAACGGCAAUCAGAACCAGGGCAACGACAACCAGAACCAGGGCAAUGAUAACCAAAAUCAAGCAAACGGCAACCAGAACCAGAAUCAGGGCAACAAUGGCGGCCGGAACGGUGGUCAGGAUAUUGGCAAGGGAGUUGGCAAUAAUGGCAAUGGCAAUGGCAACGCCAACACGAACACGAACACCAAUACCAACCAGAACCAGGGCAACAACAACGGUCGUCCCCAGAACCAGAAUCAGGGCAACCGCAAUGGUAAUGGAAAUGCGAACACCAACACCAAUACCAACACGAACACCAACCAGCAGGGCAACAACCAGGGCAACAACCAAGGCAAUAAUGGAGCUCCCAAUAGCAACCAGAAUAACGCCAGCACUGGUCUUCAGCCUGCUACUCUUGGCUCUGGCAACACCAACGCGAAUAACGGCAAUAACAACCAAGGCCAAGGGAAGCCUCAGCAACAAUCACAGCAGGCGCAAAGCCAAGGCGGUUCGACCCUCAAGCCCGCAACGUUGGGUUCGCCAAGCCCCGCUGGCAACUAGACGCCAUCACCUUUGCCACGAGGGGUCACCUACCCUCCCCCAAUUCCCCAAAGGUGGCUGCGCGCAAAGUUCGAGACCCGAUACGAUAAGCGCCCACUUCUCGCUGGCGGACUUGGCCGAGGGGGGCACUAGUACGAAUCCCGCCCUCUGCGACCGAAGUCUGAUGUUGUGGCGGAAAGCUUGAGGCGACACGUGUGGUGGGCCCUACAGGGCUGGGUGUAAGUGGUUGUGUGUGUGUCUCUCUGUCUGCUUCUUCUUCUCUGCUGUGUUAGUC